AUGGGAAAAGCCGGUCGCAUUGCGUGUAUCUUCACGCCCUAUGUCUUGACUAUCGCGUCAUUGAUAUGUAUCAUCAUGGUGGGAUUGGGCUGCACCAAAGCCAGCUCCUCAACCUUGAACGAUCUAUACUUCAUGCGUCUCGAUCUUUCGAACAUGAGCUCGAAUUCGGACGCAAUUACGACAAUUGAGAACAAACUCAGCGAGGCUGGAAUCGACGUCUCUGACAGCGACAUCACCAAGCUCAUCAACACUCUUCAGGAUGACUCUACCAUCGCCGACUUCUACGACAUCGGUCUCUGGGGCUACUGCCAGGGCAACAUCACCGACAACAAGGAUACUGUCAGCUCUUGCACCAAGCCCAAGGCUGAAUUCUACUUCAACCCAUCCGAUGUUCUCGGCGUGAGCGAGUCUGAGCUCGAGGAGGAGUUGGGCAGCAGCGUGAAGAAGAUCAUGAAGGUCUACAAGGCUGUCUCCAAGUGGAUGUUCAUCGCCUACCUGGUCGCAUUCAUUGCCACCUGUGCCCAGAUCCUGGUCGGCAUCUUCGCCAUUUUCAGUCGCUGGGGAAGCUGUGUGACCACCAUCGUUUCGAUCGUGUCUUUCCUCUUCACCUUGGGCGCCUCCCUCACCUCGACCAUCAUGUUCUCGAUCGCAAAGGGCUCCCUCGGUACAGCAAUGGAGGCAUACGGCAUUGAAGUUUCCAUGGGCAAGAACAUCUACGCCGCCACUUGGCUCGCUGUUGCCUUCUCUCUGGGCGGUACCCUGUUCUGGAUGUUCAGCACUUGCUGCUGCUCCGGACGCUCCCCCUACGGCCACAAGAACCGCCACAACAACCGUGACAGCAUCACCGCUGAAAAGGCUCCUUACACUUACGAGCCCAUUGGCGCUGCCCACCCUCCCUUUGGUGCCCAGCCCUACGCUCCCCAGUACGGCCAGAACACCUCGUACCCUCCUCACAACGAUAUCCCCAUGACCCACCAAAACCCUCACCAGCAGCCCAGCGCUUAUGAGCCUUUCCGCCACGUUUAA